CCGACGUGCUUCCUCGACCUCGAGCUCGACGGCGCGCGCCUCGGCCGGCUCACGCUGCGGCUCUUCGCGGACAAGACGCCCCGGACGGCGGAGAACUUCCGGCUCCUCUGCCGCGGCGACGCGGGCUACUCGACGGCGACGUGGAAGAAGACGAAGCGCUCCUACGAGGGCACGGCGUUCCACCGCGUCGUCCCGGGCUUCGUGGCCCAGGGCGGCGACUUCACGCGCGGCGACGGCACGGGCGGCGAGUCCGCCUACGCGGGCACGCCGGGCGCCGACGCGCUGGGCAAGUUCGCCGACGAGCCCUGCCGCAUGCGCCACGACCGCCGCGGCCUCCUGUCCAUGGCCAACAGCGGCGCCGACACGAACGGGUCCCAGUUCUUCGUCACGCUCGCCGCGUGCCGCCACCUCGACGGCAAGCACGUCGUCUUCGGCGAGGUCGUCGGCGGCCUCGACCUCCUCGACAAGUUCGAGGCGGGCACGCCGCCGCCGCCGGAGCGCCGCGUCGUCGUCGCCGCCUGCGGCGAGCUC